ACGCCGAUCCUCGAGACACCGCGACAUGUAGAUGUGUUAUCAAUGUCCAUAUCACCAUGAAAUCCUGUAUAUCAUUUACAAUAUGCCUGGGACUUCUGAGAAGCAUCCAAACAUCAAGUGUCGGCAAGCCAGUCUAUCCGAUCACUGCAUCCUUGUUCCUGGAUAGAACGGAUGUUUCCGAAUGGAACGAGACCCUGGACCGCUUCCAGAAGCAGGGUGGAGAUACAGUUUGGCUUCAAGCACCUCCUUUAGUUCGUCGUUCCAAAGAGGACUUGCAGGAAGACCCGGUCUAUAAGUGGUGUCGGGAGAAGGACCAUGUAACAGCGGAGGAGGUGGACUGCUUUACGCGCGCGCAACAGGAACUGACGAGUCAAGGACUGAAUAUCGUAGCUUUCGCGAGUUACCAAUAUGAGGAGGAUUUUAGCAAGGUGAUCGUCAAGUGCCCGAAGUAUGAUAAAAUGAUUACGACAGUUUACACCUAUUUCCGUAUUGUUUUACCUGGUCAGCACAGCAGUGACCCCUGUGACUUCAAUGGCCUAGACGUUGUUGUAUUAUUUACUUCUUUUGGCGGCUCUGACGCUCAUCAGAGUUUGCUGGAGAGUGCUGCAGCCAGAAACGUAUCGGUAUAUUUCGGAAUGCCUCAGAUUCCUAGGUCUUGGGAAUACAGUGAUAUUGACAAACAACUACUUCCUGCUUACUUUGAGUGGGUGAUGAGAAUUCUGGGUGAUCACAAGUCUAGAUAUUCAAACAAAACUAUAACAGUAAGUCCGACGAUUGCAGGAGUACCGAGUAAACCUAUUCGAGUACCACUUUAUAAAGCGUUAAAGGGAUAUUACAUAUCAGAUGACGUCAACAUGGGAACUGUCGAUAGGUACGGAGAUAUGUUGAUGAUUUACGCUUCACUGGUUGCAAUAGCCAAACUGGGGGUCUCCAAUUCGUUGAAAUUAGCCGUUUCUCCCUCCAUAGACAUGACAACUUUUGGACUUAACAGAACAGUUAAUGAUCACGUGACAGGCUUUGGGUAUAUUGUGGAAAGCUCAGUGGAUAUUAUUGCGGUCCAUGAGGGGCGCGGAUACGGGCAUGCAGCUUACUAUUGGCCAACACAAGCCACUCAGCCGGUUCAAACGCUGGAUCCGCAGCUAGAUAAAAUUAUCAAAAAGAUAAAUCCGAACUGGAAAACCAAUGGCACUUUUCAAGAUUGGUUCACUGGAAGCGUCCAUGAGCUCUUCCAAAUACUUGGGAGUGAAGCGGCUGAACUGAGAAAGCAAUAUUCUUCUCUAGAACUGUGGCUAGGGUUGGAGGCGUUCGAUGAUUUGAACGACGAUCCUUGUCUUCCUCUCAGAGGCAUGGCCACGGUCAGAGACACUGUGAACAAACAACGACUAGACUUCGCCCUGGCGCAGGGAGCCGCCGGGGUCAGAAAAGUGGUUGCUUUUUCCUGGGAUCCAGAUUUCACGUGCACUACCCACAAACACAACAUAACAUUAUCGGAACAGAUCGUUCAGGAUGCAAAGAGAUCUAUCAUUUUUGAGUGUCGAUUUCAUUCUUCACAAAAUAGAUCUGUUGUCGCAAUUGGCAUCAAUGUAAUGGGUUCUGGUUUUCAUAUUGACUGGGAGGAUAACAAAGGACAGCGUCACCAGGACCAGGUAUACGGGUGUUAUGUGGAGGGGGACUACGGGCAUUAUCACCCGCUCAUUCCCUCCCUGGAGUAUGUUCAGGUGUGUGAUCCCUAUGAAGACUUCCAGCUCGCAGACAAAGGUCACGUGAUUGUGAAAGCGCUCGAUGGAUACCAAGAGUGUAUAUUCGAAUAUGACUUUACUGAAUCAGAAAACAAUGAUGAAUAAAAUAUUAAUCAGUG